AGUCCACUCCCACGCACUUCCUUACACCCUCUGAUAUAAGUCUGGGCAACUCACUCCUCCAACUUCAUUCAAAACUCGACGUGAGUCUGUGGAUCACUAACCCUCCACCAGACAGCAUAAUGUACACAGACCUCGAGUGCGGGAUUUGCUACUGGAACUACAACGCGGGUGUGCGGUGUCCCCGAGAGCUCCACUGUAAGCACAGCUUCUGCGAGAGUUGCCUUUUGGCCCUUUCACAACCCCUCCAGGGAGGACCCGGAGAUGAGGCUCACUCGGGAGCUGACCGGUCCAUCGUCUGCCCGCUGUGCCGAGACGUGACAAUCAUUCCCGGAGAGAGGACAAUCAGGGCCGAGCUAAGGGUGGAUGAGUGCGCCUUGGAGCGACUGCUGGAGGCGGGGAUCCUCGAAAGGGAAGAGGAAGACCAAGAGGAGGGUCGCUUUCGGGACGGCUGUGACGACCAUGACAAGGGGACGUUCCCGGAGACUCCAGCCGAGGAGGGCGACUCCUCCCCCGACUCCACUGACAGAGGGGCUGAGUGGUCGUGGAGUAAACUUUGGAGGAAGAUUAGAGGAAAGAAAUCACGGAGAAGUAAGUAGCUUUGUGGUUAUCAUGUGUACUUGUGUAUUUAGAAAGUAUCUUCAAAAUAAAUAGAGAAAACCUAAGGAUUGGGGCCACUGGGAAAGAGACAGAUCCAAUAGAGAUAUAUAUUUUAUCAUUACUCUAAGAAAAAAGUCAUAAUUCUGAAUUUAACCUCUGAAUUCUGGCUUUUUCCUCAGAAUUCUUUAUUUUUUCAUAAUAAUUUAUAUUGGAUUUUUUUUCUCCCAGUGCCCCAUCACUUCUUCCAUGUAUAACUUUUAAAAACUGGAUGACUAAUUUUCCUCUUUUGUCCUAUUUUUUUCACAGACUGUAGACCAAUGAGCCAGGAAGAUAUGAGGCACUUCGCUAUGAUGGCAUCCUACAUGUUUUGAGGAAUCCAUGGCUUCGGAAAACCUGGACAAUGUGACACUUAAUUUAUUACAAAUGUCUCUUACAUACAACUGGACUUAAGAUGAAACUCAGCUUUGUCAUUUCCUGUUAAAAUGAUAAGCAAAAUGUAGCUGGAAGAAUGGAAAAAUGUGAUUUUUGAACAAUGGCCAACUUUAUAGCUGUUACUGCACUUCUAUAUAUAAUAUUUAUUUUUCUAUUGUAUUAUUUCAAUGUAUUUGUAAUAUAUUUCAGGAAGAAAUAAACAUCUUCUGCUCUAAACUCACUCUGCGACUUUGUGUGGCUACGCUGAAUUUUGCAUGACAGCUUGAAUAAGACUGUGUACAUUAUAAACAACUUCAAACUA